GGAUGAACAAGCGGUGGAGGCUAAUCGAGCACUACAGUGGACCAAUGGUUUGGCCUCGUCAAGUGCCUUUAUCACGCUGGUCAGUGGUCCGAAUGCCACUUCGGCAGGCGCCGAAUCGGGAUCGGUCCCGCCGGAUGUUUGGCAUCGCACUGAUAGUGGCGAUCUUGGUUAUGCCGGUCAGAGUAAUACCCAGCAGCUGCUUGCGUCCACCGAAAAAGUGA